UUGAAAAUAAUUUUUAAUAAUUUUAAUAAUUCACAUAAUGAUCUGAGCUCUGAGAUCUGGGCAGUUAGGGGAACUACGCCAGUCGAAAGCGAAACUGGAAGUAAUCGUACGCGCAGUGAACAUUUGAGAAACAGCAGGGUCUGCAUUUAUAAUUGAAGUGCUUAGAUUCCAGAGAACGCAUCACAACAACCCGAAAAUGAGUUCACCUGCUAAAGAUGAGAGAUAUCAGAAAGAAAGGUCUGUCUCACCUGAAACUAGUGGUGUGUCUAUGAAGAGUGACCAGUCAAUGGGUUCACCAAUAACCUUUCAACAGGCAGAGAAAGAAAGAACUGUAUCUAAGAAGAGGAAGACGGUAAACGAGCCACUUGAACAGACACAGAGGUCUAAAAGGAAAAAAUAUCAGAAAGAAAGGUCUGUCUCACCUGAACCCAGCGGUGUGUCUAUGAAGAGUGACCAGUCAAUGGGUUCACCAAUAACCUUUCAACAGGCAGAGAAAGAAAGUGACAAACCUGCUAUUUCCAGUCCUCCAGUGGGGAAGGAAACUAAACUCCAGCAUCUGACACGAAUGACUGGGGAAAAAGAACUUCGGAGCAGUACCAGAGUGCUGGACCCUUCAAGGGUAAAAAACUUCAAAUCCAAACUACAGAUAAAAUUUCAGAAUAUUAAUGAGGGAAUCCCAAUGCAUGGGAAAUCAAGACUUCUAAAUGAGACUUACACAGAACUCUACAUCACAUCACAUCCUGGGUGUGGACACAUCAGUGAUGAACAUGAGGUCAGAAGUAUUGAAAGGACAUGUAGGAUACAAACAACAGGAGGAGUCUCUCAAGAGAAGUCCAUCAAUUAUAAUGACAUUUUUAAACCCUUACCUGGAGAUGAGAAACCCAUCAGAACUGUGCUAACAGAAGGCAUUGCUGGAAUUGGGAAAACGGUGUCUGUGCAGAAGUUUGUUCUGGACUGGACUGAAGGAAAAGCAAAUCAGGAUUUGGACUUCAUUUUUCCAUUUAACUUUAGGGAGUUGAAUUAUAACAAAGGAGAACAUCUCAGUUUUUUGGAGCUUCUCCACUUUUUCUUCCCAGAAACCAAAGAACUUCAAAUAGACUAUCAUCAUUACAAAAUCAUGCUCAUCUUUGAUGGACUGGAUGAGUCUCGUAUUUCUCCUGAUUUCCUAAGCACCAAAAUGUUGACUGAUCUAACAGAGUCAGCUCCAAUAGAGGUUCUGUUAACAAAUCUUAUUAUAGGGAAUCUCCUUCCAUCUGCAUUCCUCUGGAUAACAUCUCGACCAGCAGCAUCCAGUCAGAUUCCUGCUGUUUAUAUUGACAGAGUUACAGAGGUACGAGGGUUCAAUGACCCUCAGAAAGAUGAGUACUUCCGGAAAAGAAUCAGUGAUCAAACCCUGGCUGAUAAAAUAAUCACACACCUAAAGUCAUCACGAAGUCUUUACAUUAUGUGCCGCAUUCCAGUCUUCUGUUGGAUUUCAGCAACUGUACUUGAGGGAAUGUUCUGUGAAGCAGAAACUGAAGAGGUCCCCAAGACCCUGACUCAAAUGUUCACACAUUUCCUGAUCUUACAGAUCAAACGUGGAUUCCAAAAGUACAAAAUACAGGAAAUGAAUCCUGGACAGAUUUCAGACAUUGUACUCAAACUGGGAAAGCUGGCGUUCCAGCAGCUGGAUAAAGGAAACCUGAUCUUCUAUGAGUACGACCUCACUGAGUGUGGGAUUGAUGUCCAAGAGGCCACAGUGUACUCAGGAGUCUGCACUCAGAUCUUUAUUGAGGAAAUCACUUCACUGGGGAAAGUGUACAGCUUUGUGCAUCUGAGUGUUCAGGAGCAUCUUGCAGCUAUGUAUGCAUUUCUCUCAUGUAUCAAUGGAAAUCUCUCAAAACAACAAUCCCCUGAAAUCUUUGGACUCUCGAGCAAGGCAACACUGAUAGACCUCCUGAAGAGGGCAGUGGACAAGGCCCUAAAGAGUAAGAAUGGACACCUGGACCUUUUCCUGCGCUUCCUUAUGGGUCUCUCACUGGAGUCCAAUGCAAUUCUUUUUAAAUGCCUACUGACAGAGACAGGACGCAGCUCUCUGACCAAAGAUGCUGCUGUCACAAACAUGGAAAUAACCAUGUACAUUAAGGAGAACAUUGGAAAGAAUCCAACACAUUCACCAAAGAAAUCCAUCAAUCUGUUCCAUUGUCUGAAUGAACUGAAUGACCAGUCUCUGGAACAGGAGGUUCAAGUCUUUUUGAGUAAAACAGCAAAUCAUUGCCUCCAUGGAGUCAAACUUUCUCCAGUUCAGUGGUCAGCUAUUGUCUUCUUGUUGCUGAACUCAAAAAAGGGGUUAGAAGAGUUCAACCUACAGCAGUAUGCAGCAUCGGAUGACUGUUUGAUGAAACUCCACCAAGUGGUUGCAGAGUCCAGAAAAGCUCUGCUGUGUAAUAGUAAUCUUACAAAGAAAAGUUGUAAAGUUCUGAUAAAAGUUCUCAGCUCAGACUCUUCAUGUCUGAGAGAGCUGGACCUGAGCGAUAAUGAUCUGCAGGAUUCAGGAGUCAAACUGCUCGCUGAAGGGUUGAAGAGUCCACAGUGUAAGUUAGAGGUCCUACGACUUGCCAGUUGCAAGCUCACAGAGAAAAGUUGUGCAGUUCUUGCUUCAGUUUUCCAUUCCAACCUGAUGUAUCUGACAGAGCUGUGUCUCAGCCACAAUGACCUGCAGGAUUCAGGAGUAAAGCACCUCUCAGAGGCUCUGCAAAGCCCAAAUUGUAAACUAGAGAUACUAAGGUUACAAGACUGUAAAAUUACAAAGGAAGGCUGUGCUGCACUUGCAGGAGCUCUGAGGUCAAAUCCACACCUAAGAGAGCUCGAUCUGCGAGCUAAUAAUUUGGGAGACCAGGAAGUGAAGUUGCUAUCUGAAAUAAAGGAAGAUGAAAAGUACACACUGCAGAAGUUGGAGCUCUGAGAACUUUUGACCUGACCUGGUGUAAGAAGUCUUGUGGAGAAAACAGCUGAUACAUGCUCACAUGUCCAUCAUCAUUUCUGACACACUUGCUUUGUAGGCUCUGCCCUUUUCACAGAUAAGAAUAAUAGCUACAUUUUCCAAUUUUUUGGCUAAUCAAGGAAACCUAAAAGAAAAAAUCUCACAUGUAAAAUAAUGUCUGAUGUCUAUCACAUGUAUAUUCACAUAUUUCAUGUUGUACUAUAUGUGAGCACAUUAGAGAAUAUUAGAGAGCAUUAGGUGUAAGUGAGCUGUAGCUGCCACACAAUGUCAAAAAACUCAUGUCUGGAAAGCCACUGUUGUGCAGAAGCUUCCAGCUGGUCAUGCAGAAACUAGUCCUAUGUUGGGACAAAAAGCCUGUUUCUGGGCAGAAAUCCCAGUUUCUGUAUUCCUAUAAGUCCUAUGUCAAAACAUCCAGAUGGACAAGGAUCUACUGUGGGCUAAAUUCUCCUGCAUGCUGAAGUCCUGUGCUGAACCUCUGGUUGGGUAGUUGUGUUAGGAAGUGGUGGCUAGGCAGAUGCUUGAAGUUGGGUGGAUGUCUGAGGAUGGGUCCCAAGUUCCUGGUUGGUCAAAUGCAGAUCAGAAGCUCAGAGGAAUGGCAGCCCAGGAAUGGGCAAAAGUCAGAUUCUUGAGGGUGGGCAGAUGCCUGAGGAUGGCCAAAAGGCCCUGGUUGGUCAGAUGCAUGUGACAGAGCAGAGGUCCAUGGCUGAUCUGAUGCCUGUGGAUGUGCAGAGGUCUGAGAUUAGCCUGAAUUUGCUUCUUGCUGGGCCCUAGGGGAGAAUUCCCAGGUUAGGCAGAAGGUUAGUCUGAGCGUGGGCAUUGGCCUGAGUUUGGGCAGAUUCCUGAGGGAUGGCAGAAGACUGAGUGUAGGCAGAACCUGAGGUUGGGAAGAAGUUCCUGAUUGAUCAAAUGGCUGAGAAUUUGCAGAAACCUUAGUUUUAACUCUUAUCAGCUAAAGCACCCUGCUGGGGAGAAAACUAAAAUUGAUUUUGGGCAGAUGCUCCACAAUGGUCAGAUUCUAGAGGUUGGGUGGAAGCUGAGAAAAAGUGUGGACAAGACUCCCUUGUCCACCCUAAGUAGUAUUGGAAUUCAUAGUGCAGCAUGGGAAUGGUUUCAAAUUCAAAUUUUAUUUGUCACAUACAGAAUCAUACACAGUAUGAUGUAGUGAAAUGCUUAUUAUGACUGUCCUACAUUUGAAGAAGAGUAUAAAGUAUAAAGUAAAGUGUGUGGACAAGAAAAGUAUAGGGAUAUAGGUAAUAAAAUAUAAAUGGAAAAAUAGGAAGAAUAAAAACUAUCUUAGUAGAAAUUAAAGACAUGAUAAAUUAUGAAAAACACCAUUUCAUAAAAUAUGAAAAACAAUAGUUACGUAAAACUGAUUGUGUAUCGGAUAUACAUAUACAAAUAUAUGUGUAUAUAAAAAUAUAAUAUAUAAAAAUGUGCACAUAAUAUAAACAUAGUAUAAAUAUAAUAAUAUAAUACAAUAUAUUAUACACAAUAUAUUAUGUAUUACAUAUAAUAUAUUGUACAAUAAUAAAAUAAUAUAAUAGUAUAUAAUAUGACAAAAAAUAUGAUAAUGUAGUAUAAUGUAACAUUUAUAAAAAUAUAUAAAUAAAUAUAAAUGUCAUGACAAUAAAUAAUACGGAAUGUAAAGUGAUUUUUUUUUGUGAACAAUUGUUUUAUUAAGGAAAAUAGUCCAGUAUAACACAAAAAACAACACAUCAAUUUAGUCUGUAGCCAUAACCCCCACCCUCCCGGUAGACUCAAACUGUACUAAGAAAGCGUAAGAGAUUGCAGUAGAAAAAGGUACAAACUAUAAUGCUUAAUCACAAAAAGAAUAGAAAGAGAAAUAAAUGAACAAUAGUAGAAAUAAUAAUAAUAUAUACAUAAAUACAAAUACAUCAAAGAGAGGAAACAAAGGAUUUAACAGUUUCCAAAAUAGCCCUCCAGAUCUUCAGAGUUUUUGUCUUUGCUCCAUGAAUGCGAGCUGUUGAUAGUUCCAUAGAGACAAUGUCAAGCAAAGAUAGGCCCCAUAUACAUCUGGACAUUAAAUGGGGAGGAGCCCAGCAACUGACUAUCAUUUUCUUAGCAGCAGUAAAAGCAGCUAAAAGUAACAGUAUGUAAAGUGUUGGUGCAGUGUGCACACAAAGAUGUCCAGUGAGUGUGGUUAUUUUGUGUGCAGAGUAGUGCAGGGUAUACAAGUAGUGCAGUUUGUGUGUGCAACAAUCUGCUGAGGUAGAAUGUAAUGUUCAUUUGUGGGGUAAGUCUAGAAUGUCCAGGUACUCUGUCUUCUGGUUGAGGGCCCGAAUGGCCUGCAGGAAGAAGCUCCUCCUCACUCCUCAAAGACGCUGCCGGGCCUUCUUCACCAGGGUGUUAAUGUGACAGGACCAUGUCAGGUCCUGCAUGAUGUAAGUCUGUAACCUAGUGAACCAGUGUUGAUGUAUUGAUGCACUGAUAGAGACUUUACUGAAUCAGUUUUGAUGCAUUGAUAUAGACGUCAAAGCACUUCGCUUUGGGUAAGGAUGUGUGCCAAAUGGUGUAAAUGUAAAUGUGUAUGUAAAUGUAGAAAAAGCAUAUGCCUGGGCAAACUCCCUGAGCAGAAUCAACUACUUUGGAGAAAAAGCUGCUUUGGGAGAAACUCCAGACUGGAAAAAGCCCACAAAUGGGCAGUUCCUAAUAAUGGGUAAAUUUGUAUUGUUGUAUAGCACUUUAACAAUGGACAUUGUCACAACACAGCUAUACAGAAAUAUACAAAUACUCCAGUCAGUUAUAUUGUUUCAGUUGAAAACACAUGAGUUCCCAUGUUAAACUCUAAUAACAAGUGUUAGUCAUUGUUUAUUCUUUGUUUGUUUUUUCAAACAAAAUCUUGGUGUAUUUAAAGAGCAUUAGUAAUGAAGGUGCUAGUUAUUAGAAUCAGAUUAUAUUGUUAGAUUAGAAUUAGAUUGUACAUGCUGUAGGUACUGAUGUGUUGAUCAAAGCUGGAACAGAAUGCUUAUGGAAAUGAAAUGCACUGGCAGGUUAGAGGAUUUAAAAACUGAUAUUUUGAGCUGGUUGAUGGAGUCAUGACAUAAGACUGGACAUGACCGAGGUUAAUCUGGAAGGUCCAGAAAAAUGUAGACCUGCUUUUUUAAAAUCCUGUGCAGUAAUUUAUAGAAAAAGAGAAGCAAAAAUAAUUUUUAUCAAAAUGUAAUUUAAUCUGGUUGUGAAUAAUAAUUGAAUAAUUGGAAGUGAUUUGCUAAUAACAGAUAAAUCAGAAAUGGCUCAUUAUUUUUAUAUAAACCAAUAUCAUGUAACAAUAUUGCUAUAUCUUAUCAUAUGCUAUGUAGUGCACUUAUAAACCACUUGUGGAAGCAAGUCUUAUUUUACUGCACAUGUAACACAUCUAUUAUCUCAUAUCUAGAUAUUAUUCUCAUGUACUUGUGUGAUUUUUAUGUCUCUACAAGACGUAAAGACGAUUCAUGGCAUAAAAGCUUAUAGCAGCAUUCUGCAUCAGAUAAACUGAUGCAUGCAGUCAUUCCUAACAGGAGAUAUUGAAUAUUAUGUACAAAUGUAUAAUUGUGUGUUACUCAGUGUGUGAUGUCUUUACUUAAAGCAUGUUGUGGUGUUGUUGAUUUUAUCAACAAUAAGAUCAGAGAAAGAAAAUUUCUUUUUGAGGAGUUCAUUCUCAUUAGUCAGGGUAAGGUAGUGGAGAGAUGAUCACUGAUAGAGUCCAGUGAUACCAUGAGGAGGAGCGAAGAACGAUCUUACAGCUAAGCCCUGACAGAUGUUCGCUGGUUGCCAUUUAUUUUCUUUCCAUUAAUUUGUGUUGAUAUUUCAAGCUGUUUCUCAAAUUUUCUCUGACAUCUCAUAGACAGUGUUCAGUGUUUUUGUUUUAUACUGUUUAUUGUAUUACUGUAUCUGUGCUGUCUGUCAUCUGUGACGUGGUAUUUGUAGAGAUUAUAAAUAAAAUAUAACACACAAGGACCGUAA